CUCCAUUUAACCCCUUUAGGGGGUAUUUAACCACAUAGAACUGCAUUGUCACGCAGAUUAAGUAAGUAUGCAAAAUUUCAAUUCAUUAUGACAACGGGAACCCUUGCAAAUUUGGUUCCAAAAAUAUGAAACAGACAGACAACAAAGCAAGUUAAAUAAAAGCUUUUAAAAACAUAUACCAUAAUAUUCCAUUUGUUACAUUUUUCCCAUUUUUCAUUAUUUGCUAACGAAGCUAUUUUAAAGAUAAUGAUAAACAAAAAUACACCAAUAAAGAAAAUAAAAAAGUAAAAACCUACUCGUAACAUGCUUUCAAAAAUGCAGAUUUAAAAAGUUAUCAGUGAUUAUAAAUAACAGUAGUGUAAAAGUUCCUUGUGCAAACUGAUUCAGAUUAAUAGUUAACAAAUAAAUAAAAAUUAUCAAAUAUUUCACAUACACCUUAUCCAUAUUAUCAGAUUAUAUUAAUAAAUUUAAGAGCUUAAUCUAUCAGUUAAAAUGUACCUCUGGAGAAGUACAUUCGUAAUAAUUUUAUUCAGAAUUGUUCAAUCAGAAAUUGUAACAUUAAGUAAAGAAAACGUUAUAAAAUGUGUUGUAACGGGAAGUGUAAAUUACUCAAGCCUAUACAUUGAUCCACCUGACUGCAUAAAUCAUUUUAUGUUACGUCAUUAUGCUAAGAAAAACCUCUACAUAGAGGAAGCGACUAUCGACAAUCAGACAUGCAAAUGCAAAGCAAAAAAUUUCAAAAACGACAACUAUUACUUCCGAAAUAAACCUGGAUACUUAGAUGAAAAAUCCAAUAUAACGUGUGGUGACGUUUUGGGAGAAAAUUAUCCAUUCUGUGAAAAUUACAAACUUUGUGUAGAAGAUCAGUGCCGAUGUGCAUGGGGUUACGAAGAGCCUGCUUGUACUAAAACUUGUAAAGCCGGCUACUGGGGUUUAAGUUGUCGGCGGAAAUGUGACUUAGACUGUGCAUUAUGCCAUCCAAAAAAAGGUUGCAUUUGUAAAAAAAGUGCUGCACUACAAGCAACAGAUGAAUGCUAUUUCAAACUACACCGAAAUCAAUUUAUAUUCCAACGAAUUUUCCUAACGGUGCUUGGUCUUUGUUUGUUGGUUAUUGGAAUUCUUGUGAUCGCAGCAUUAUAUAAGAAAAAGAAAACAGAGUUGAACACAAAUAUAGAAAAUGUUCCACUAACCAAAAUUACAGUUGAAGAUAAAGAAAAUCAAGUUACAGAAACAAACAUUUUAGAAGAGAGUUUAAUAUUGAAAAAAACGAAUACUUCAAUUGGAAGAAAUGACUUUGAAAACACCGUAAUCGACAAAAUAAAAUGUGAACAAAUAAAAGAAGAAUUCUCUGCUCUUCCUCUUGUGACUAAAAAAACGACAGAUACCGCUUUAAAAAAAUUCAAUAUUAAUAAAAAUAAAAACGACAAGCAUCUACCUUAUGAUUAUAACAGAGUCAUUCUUAAAGACAUGGAAGGAGUUGGAAAAGGCGAUUACAUAAAUGCUAGUUACAUUGAUGGGUACAAUCGUCCCAAGGCUUACAUUGCGUGUCCAGGUCCAAAAUUUUACACAGUCAAAGACUUUUGGAGAAUGAUAUGGCAAGAACAAAUCGAAACAGUUGUAAUGACUACAAAUUUCACCGAAAAUAAGAAAAGAAUGGCUGCUGAAUAUUUUCCACAAAAGUUAGGCGGUAUGUUUGAAUGUGCGUCUAUUCUAAUAUUUUUAAGCAAAGAAGAAAACUUUGAACAUUAUAUUAAACGUACACUGGAAGUACGUUAUAAUGACUGUGAAAGAACAAUCCAACAUUUACAAGUGAAAGACUCGUUUACUUCAAAUAAUGUGUUACCCAUUUUAAAAAAACUGAGAAUUAGCUACGAAACGACUCCAGCUCCAAUUUUAAUUCACUCCGGUUUUGCUGGCACGAGAACAGGAAUUUUAAUUUUAAGCGACUUGGCAAUUCAAAUGCUUAAAAUUGAAAACAAAGUUGAUUUUUACGAAUUGGCAAAGAAUCUACGAGAGCAAAGAAUUGGAAUGAUUAAUCAAUUGGGCCACUACAUUUUAGCUCAUUUGAUCGUAAUGGAAUAUUUAAUGGAUGAACGGUUUCCAUUUGAAAUUAAUGCUGAAGAAAAUAUUCAAAUCGUAACAAAAAAUCAAAGACACAAACUGGAACAACAACUGAAAUAUGUUGAAAAACUACACGAAUUCGACAAGAUUGUUCAGUCUUGUCUACAAGUAAAAAAUUACUCGGACUGUCCAACUUUUGUUGAUGGAUACGGAAAAAACAAAAAAUAUAUAAUCACAACACAACCAAAAACUAACUUCAAAUCGAAAUUUUGGCUAAUGGUUGCCCACGAAUCAACGAGUUGUGUAGUAUUUUUGAAUAAAUUGCAACAAAAUGCUUGGCCUUUCAGAGAAGAAACAAGUAACUUUGUCAUUAACGUCCAAAUUUUAAAUCGCACUGACACACCUUAUUAUGUUUUAAGUAAAAUAGCUUUGCUGGUUUAUGGAAAACGAACAAAAACUGUCGUAUGUAAGAAGAAUAUUUCAUUUUAUGAAUAUAAAAACCAAACAAAACAGACACUAACAGCUAUCAGCAUUAUAAAAUUAAUUUGUGAAAUCAAGAAACACAGCCAGAUUAUAGUUUCCUGCAGUGAUGGAGUUGAAACGAUUGGUAUCUUCCUUAUUUUAUCAUACGUAAUACAAAAAUAUGAAAUCGAAAUGGAAAUAGAUGUAUGUAAUGCCAUACGAAUAGUACGACAAAGUGAUACGCGAUUUGUUAAUACUUUGAAAUCACUGGAAUUUAUUUAUACAUGUAUAUCGGAAUAUUUAAGAAAUUUUGAUGAUUAUAAUAUUAUAAACACGUAGCUAAAGUUAUAAUACAGGUGUGACAAAAAAGUUAAAAAAAAACAAAAACUGGGAGCAGUGCUCAAUUUAAGAAUGUAAUUUUAUAAAUUUUAAAAUCCUAAUUUAUAAGCAAAAAUAUUCUCCUCUGAGAGAAAAGCAUUAUUUUUUACUUUUUAGUGCAUCUUUUAAAUAAAAGUUUUUUUUCUAAAACUAAAAGAUUUAGUUUCGCCGCAUCAUUGUAACACCAUUAUUUUGCUGACUUGUGCAAACUUGUUUAGUGGUAUAUGAUAUAAAACAGCUGUUAGUAUUGAAAGCACAUUCUAACCUUUGUUUUGUGUCUAUACCUACUCUAUCGUCCAAGAUAAAUGGAUUUUAAAAAACUAGCGACAUUUGUUUGUAACAAAACGUAAUGAAAAUAAUUAGGUAUUAUUAUAUUUCCCAAUGAUCAACAUACCUUUAAUGUUGGUACAAGUUAUUGUAGGUCCACAUCAAAAACCCACUUGUAAACAUAACCUAAAACUUCAAAACCCCAUUUAACCCCUUUAGAAGGUAUGUAAGCACAUAGGAUUGCAUUGUCAUGCAGAUUAAGUAAGUAUGCAAAAUUUCAGUUCAUUAGGACAACGGGAACCCUUUCAAAUUUGGCUCCAAAAAUAUGAAACAGACACACAGACAACAAAGCAAGUUAAACAAAAGAUUUCAAUAAAAAAUAAAACAAGUUCCAUUAUUUGUUGCCCAUUUUCGGAUAACCUUGUGUCUCUGUGAAAAAGUAAGGUUAUUUAACAAAACUCAAUUGUUUUGUCCCAGAAAUGUAUAAUUCAAU